AUAUAUAUAUAUAUAUAUAUGUAUUAUUAUUUCAGAUGGAACAUAGUGAAGGCUUUGAAGUACACAAAAGUGUAAGUGAAAAAAGAAACUUGACUUGGAUUGAUGAAAUGGACAACUUUUUAGUUGAUCGAUUAAUGGAGCAAAUGCAUAAAGGGCAAAAGAUAGGAGGAGUCUUCACCAAGACAGCUUAUGCAAUGGUUGCGCGAGAAAUUGGGGAAAAUUUUGAAUUGAGUUGUAACUUUGAGCACAUAAAAAAUAGAAUGAAAACUUUAAAAAAAAACUUUUAUGCUGCUCAAGAAGUUUUACAAAAUGGUAGUGGAUUUGGUUUCAAUGAAUCAACUGAAAUGAUCGAAGCUACCACGGAAGUAUGGACUACUUACACUAAGGCACACCCAGGAGCAUCUCAGCUCAGACACAAACCUAUUAGAAAUUAUGAUAAGUUGUCCAUUCUUCUUGGAAAAGAUCGAGCAACAGGAAGUCUUGCUACAGGUGCAAAAGAAAGACAACUUCGUUGGGCCCAGGAACAAAAUUUGGAUGACACAAUUCCAUUAGGAUCAUCACAACAUGGGAUUAGAGAUGAAACAUUUCCUUAUGUUGAAAAUGAAGCAACAACUGAGACAUCUUUCUCAUCUGCAGAUGCAUCUGUUUCUGCACCAAAGUCAAACAAAGAAACAAAAAAGCGAAAAGCAAAAUAUGCUGACAUUGUAAGUGAAGAAUUAAGGUCAAUUAGAGUUGGAAUGGAUGCAGUUGUUGCGGCUCUUGAUAGAAGCAACCUUCAAAAUUAUACAGAAGAGCAAUUGUUUGAAGAGAUUGCUAAGAUUGGAGGCAUGAGUGAUGUAUCUCAUAUGAAAGCAUAUCAAGCUCUUAUCGGUGAUGUGAGUGCAGCCCGAGCCUUCCUUGCUUGUCCAAUUGAUAGGCGUAAGCUUUGGUUGUCAGUUAAAUUUGGACCUACUUUUUUUGAUGCCUAAUUUGAGAUAAUCUACUUAAAAAGGCUUGAAAGUAGAACAUGAUUUUAUUCCACUUGUUCCACAAGUAUCAAUGGGUGUGCAGAUCAAACAAGCCUAAUGGACAGCCUAAGUGGCUUCUUUCUCUUAUUCCAGAUUAUUCGCUGCUCAACUUCAUGCUCACAACUGCCAUCUAUAUCUUAGUAAGCAGAUUUUUCCUUGAUGCUUCAAAUUUUAUAAGUGAAAAAUACUAAUGAAUCUCCCUUUUUUAUUUGC